CUGUGUCCAGCUGCCUUAUUUUUAUGCAUUGUUGUACAAACACUGAACGACGGAUUAUUUCGAUGCUGUCGACAUGGGUCGACCAAUCAUCUGGUAUGGCUGGACAAGGAAUCUUUGUAGGAAGAUCGCGUGCGCCCGUCAUACGGUUCCUUCCAGGAACCAUCUUCUGUGUGCAUCAGCGGCGCCGGCGACACUACAUCGACGCAGUAGCAGCUCUGUUCUCUCCAAGCAAGAGUUGAGCUACUUCCACAAUGCUGGACCCACCCCACUGAUUGGUAAGACCAUUGGACAGAUCAUGGACGAAACCACAGAGAAAUUCCCAGACAGAGAUGCACACGUCUUCCUCAGAGACGGAAUAAGGAGGACUUUUGCAGAAUUCAGAGAGGAGACUGACAGGGUAGCAACUGGCCUCCUAGCCCUGGGCAUCAAGAGGGGCGACCGAGUGGGUAUGUGGGGGCCUUCUACCUUAGAAUGGGUGCUGACACAGUUUGCUACGUCCCGCAUUGGUGCCAUCAUGGUCAACAUCAACCCAGUCUAUAGAGUUCAUGAGCUGGAGUACGCUCUGAGAACGUCAGAAUGCAAAGCUGUUGUAUGUGCCCGGACGUUUCGCUCAUUAGACUACUAUGCAAUGCUGCGAGAAAUCUGUCCUGAGCUUGAUACUGAUAAACCAGGACAACUCAAUUGUGCUAGGCUUCCUAAUCUAAAGACAGUUAUCUUCAGAGGUGAGGACAAUUUACCGGGGACGUUCAACUUUUCCGACCUCCUCAAGAUGGGAGGCAGCAAUGAAGAGAAACUGAGGGAUGAAUAUGAGAACAAGAUACAGUUUGAUGAGCCUGUCAGUGUACUGUUUACAUCGGGUACUACAGGUUUCCCAAAGGGUGCUACCUUAACACAUCACAACAUAGUCAACAAUGCAUUUAACGUCGGACAUAUGGUUGGUUACCAUGAAAAGCACCACCGUAUUUGUGUACCUGUUCCGUUGUACCACUGUUUUGGCAUGGUGAUGGCGUCCCUGUGUGGUAUGGUGCACGGUGCGACCUGCGUCUUCCCUUCCCCUGGGUUUGAGGCUGAAGCAGCCCUUCAAGCAGUCGCUACAGAGAGGUGUACGUCUCUCUACGGCACACCAACAAUGUUCAUUGACUACUUGCAUCACCCAAGGCUGUCUGAGUUUGACGUCUCCAGUCUCUCUACGGGCAUCAUGGGCGGUUCACCCUGUCCCAUCGAAACGAUGAAACAGUGCAUGACACGUCUCAACAUGAAGGAUGUUUCUAUUGCCUAUGGACUAACGGAGGUGUCCCCCAUCAUCACCCAGACUUGCCGGGAUGACCCGGUCGAUAAGAGAGUCUCCACUGUAGGGAAAGCAGCACCCCACACCGAGUUGAAGAUCAUUGAUAUUCAAACUGGAGAGAUUGUUCUGCGCAACACGUCUGGUGAGCUGUGCAGCCGAGGAUACACCACAAUGAUCGGCUACUGGAAUAACCAGAAGAAGACAGAUGAAGCUAUUGAUAAAGCUAGAUGGUUCCAUACAGGGGAUAUCGCGGUGAUGAAUGACGAGGGCUAUGUAUCCAUUGUGGGACGCAGUAAAGACAUGAUCAUCAGAGGCGGGGAGAACAUCUAUCCUGUAGAGAUUGAGAACUUCCUGUAUAAACAUCCCCAAAUCAACGACGUUCAGGUGAUAGGUGUUCCAGAUGAGCGUCUUGGCGAGAUAGUGUGCGCCUGGGUCAAACUAAAAGAAGGACAAACGACAACGGAAGACGACAUCAGGGACUUCUGCAAAGGAGAGAUGGCUCACUUCAAGAUCCCAAAGAUCGUUCACUUCGUCUCCGAGUUCCCAAUUACUGUAACAGGCAAAGUGCAGAAGUUCAAGAUGCGAGAAGAAAUGGCUAGAAUUAUGGGCAUUGAGUGAUGUUCAAUAAUCUUAAAUGUAGUUGGAAAGUGAAGUGAAAGGAAAGGGGUAGAUGAAGAUGGCCCAAAAAGAUUCACAGCAUUUGGUAAAGAUGAAAACUUUUGUAUGACAAUAUUUAGAGCGUUGAGUUGAAAAGUGUAGCUCGUUGUACGCAGGGUUUGUUUUUAACUUUUGAUUGGGGCUGAUAUUUUUCAUGUUAUACACAUUUUGUAAAUGUAAUUAAAACUAGAUAAAUUUAUAAAUGCUAGUCCGGUAUGUAUAAGGAACGAUGACAUUGGGGAAACACAUUUUUGUGGGUGGGGCCAAGAAUAAAGUGUUUGUGGGAGGGCGAAUUAAGGUUCAGUGAAUUGGCAAAACCUUAAACAGUUGAUUAAAAAAUGCAACAAUGAAAUAUAAUUAAGGUUUUAAUGUCUAAAUUGUGUGAAUAGCGAAAAAGAUAUUUUGCUUCAUUUGGGCAGGUCAUUCACAAACAAUGGUGCUGUUAUUAUGUUAAGUUUGAUGUAAUUUUUCGAAUGCAGGUUAUAUUGUGAACUUGGGCAUUAACAUUUGUAGUUUUAGCGUAGUUGUAUAGUUUUAUCAU